AGUGUUGAAGCUAGCAGGCCCACAAUGGGUAAACUUUGCUUAAAAGCAACUGAAAAACCGAAGAAAAUCCAACAUGGAUUACCUCGAUCUCACCAACACAAGAUCAAACAGAAGUGUUCAGCUUAAUCAGAAACAUGGGUUUUGAAAGAAUGAUGAUGAUGAUGAUGAUAGGGUUAGUGUUUUAUUGGAACUUGUUGGGUUGUACUGUAUCAGAGUCUGACAAGUAUGUGUCAGGAAUUGGAGACCCAGAAAUGAAGAAUCCUAAUGUGAGAGUGGCGAUAGAAGCUUGGAAUUUCUGCAAUGAAGUUGGCUUUGAAGCUCCUCAAAUGGGCAGCCCUAGGUUGGCUGAUUGUGCUGAUUUAUCUUGCCCAUCAUUUUCUGAUUCACCGAGUCGCAAUUUCUUUGAUAAUCUAAGCAAAUGUGAAGUGCAUCAUAAAGUGAAUGACUCAGAUAACAGCUUAGGAGCGGGAGAUAAGUUUCCAAUACCUGAUUUUGAAUCAUAUAAAGACCCUGACUUGUUCGCUAUGGAGAAGGAGCUAUAUCUUGCUUCUCUAUGCGAGGUUCGUGAAUCCCCAAAACCAUGGCAUUUUUGGAUGAUUAUGCUAAAAAAUGGCAAUUUCGACAAAAACACUACACUCUGUCCCGAAAAUGGCAAGAAAGUAAGUAAAAUUAUAACAAGUAGAAACUUUCCGUGUUUUGGUAAAGGAUGUAUGAAUCAGCCACUUAUUUAUCAUAACUACUCGCGAUUAGUUUUUGAUGGGGACAAAUCUGCAUCUUUGACUGGAGGUUAUUAUGGAACGUAUGAUCUUGAUGCUGAUUUGAGCAAAGGUGUAGGAAAAUACUCGUAUUUUUCAGUUACUUGGCGGAAGAAUUUGAGCACCAGGAGUUGGAUUUUCUCGCACAGGCUAACAACAUCUGCAAAGUAUCCCUGGCUUAUGCUAUACCUACGUUCAGAUGCAACGCACGGAUUCAAUGGUGGUUAUCACUACAAUGGCAGGGGUGUUAUGAGAAAGUUGCCAGAGUCUCCAAAUUUCAGAGUGCAUUUGACGCUAAAUGUGAUUCGUGGAGGAGGGGCGAACAGUCAAUUUUAUCUACUCGAUAUAGGAAGCUGUUGGAAAAACAAUGGUGAUCCUUGUGAUGGUGAUGUUCUAACAGAUGUGACUAGAUACAGCGAGAUGAUAAUUAACCCAGCAACUACAAGCUGGUGUCGUCCUGAUAAUUUGGUUUCCUGCCCGCCUUACCAUGUCAGGUCUACUGGUGAAAUCAUUUAUCGAAACGAAACAUCUCGCUUUCCGUAUGCAGCUUACCAUCUCUACUGUAGCCCCGGAAAUGCUGAAUUUCUGGAGAAACCUUACGAUAUCUGUGACCCAUAUAGUAAUCCACAAGCACAAGAAUUGGUACAGAUUUUGCCACAUCCUGAAUGGGCUUUUCAUGGCUAUCCUGAAAAGCAAGGAGAUGGAUGGAUUGGUAACUCUAGAACUUGGGAGCUCGAUGUUGGUGCGCUCUCUAGUCGUUUGUACUUCUAUCAGGAUCCAGGAACAAAACCCGCAAAGCGAAUAUGGACUUCAAUUAAUGUGGGAACCGAAAUCUAUGUCAGCCGAGCAGGCGAAACUGCAGAGUGGACAGUAAGCGACUUUGAUGUAUUGGUUCCAGAAGAUGAUACAAAUGGUACUGGCUACAGCUCUUACUAGAUAAUUUCUUGCCACUGUAAAUUGUAAUGCCCAUUUUUCAUGAGGUAAAAGAAUUUCAAGUCACAGCAUAACCCAGUAUAUGUCUGUUUUGGUAUAGAAUUGCUUUAAUCACCCUUGCUUGCAUGUCAAUUUUAUUUUUUUUACAACGGGAAGGAGUUUCGAGUUCAAAUAUCAAGACAUAUGGCUGCGAAGAUGACUUGUAAGAACAUAAGAAGAAGAAGAAAAAACAUAUAUGUAUAUUUAUAUUCUGUUUGUUCGAGGGUAUAUCAUAGUAUCUUUUAUUUA